AUGUCUUCGGAGAAACCACAUGCUCCUUCAGACAGUGCUACGGGCAGUGCGAAAGCAGGUGUUGACCCAACUGCAUCUCCUGCCGCAGCCCAAGCACAACCUCCCCACGUUCUACACUUCGGCAACAUUCAGCAAUAUCAUUCGGGAAUGAAGCAGCCACCACCUCCAUACAGCAUGUCGUAUGGCGCUCCCGAGCCACCCACUCCGUACACACCUCAGACAAGUCUCAGUCACGGCCAAUGGACCUACAAGCUUCCACCCAAUUGCAGUGUCGAUGAUGGCCGGAUGAGAAUCUUUGAAGGUCAAAUCACGACCAACAUCCGUGGCGUGGAGACCACCAUCAACUACGAGAAAUUCCUAGGCCUCGAUAAAGACAAUCGAACUGCACUUCUUACGGCCGGUGCGCCAUCUGUCCACGUGCCUCCACCGCCUCCUCCGCCGGUCCCUACCAGCAGUACUGCAUCUGCUUCCCAGCCUCCGGAGCCACCGAAGUGCAUGUCGUGCCAUUUGCCGGCUCAGCUAUUUCCCAUGCACGGCAUCACGGUAUGCGCUCGCUGUGCUACUCUCGACAACUCGCUCUCACUGGAGCAUCGGUACGAGAAGAAGCCGUCUUCCUGA